CCUACAGAGCCUCCGGCGUGUCGGGAUGGAAGGAGCCACAACACCAGACGCCAGCGGGACCUGGACGGGGCUGCUCGCCCUCCCGGGCCUGCUCUUCACCGCCACCCUACUUCUCCUGGUCCUGCACCUCCUCACCCAGCGCACCAGGCGACCUGGUGAACCUCCCUUGAUAAAAGGCUGGCUUCCUUAUCUUGGUGUUGCUCUGGAACUCCGAAAAAAUCCCCUGUUGUUCAUGAAAUCUCUCCAAAGGAAACACGGUGACACUUUCACUAUUCUGCUUUCAGGGAGGUAUUUGACGUUCAUUCUCGACCCUUUCCAGUACCAUCUCAUAGUGAAAAACCCCAAACAAUUCAACUUUUGGAAGUUCAGCCGACAGCUAUCAGCAAGAGCCUUUGGCAUCAAGAAGUUAGAAACUGACAAUGCACUUAAUGAAGAUCUUCACAAACUGUAUCUGCUUUUACAAGGCAAAUCUUUAGACUCUCUCCUAGAAUGCAUAACCAAGCAACUAAAUGAAACGUUUGAUUCUCAGCUACAAAACUCCAAGGAUUGGAAUACGGCAAGUCUGUAUGAAUUCUGUAGCUCAGUGAUAGUUGAAACCACAUUUUCAAUUAUCUUUGGAAAAACUCCCACUGCUAACAAGAAAAAAUUUUUCAAUAAGAUAAAAGAUGAUUUUUUAAAAUAUGAUGAGGUGUUCCUGUACUUAAUAUCUGAUAUACCAGUUCAGCUUCUAAGAAAUGCAAAAUCUAUGCAGAGGAAAAUUAUUAAACAACUUACUUCAGAAAAACUGGCUCAGAUUCACGGGUGGUCAGAAAUUGUUAAGGAGAGGCAAGAUGUUCUGGAGAAAUACUACAGUCGUGAAGACUUUGAAAUAGGAGGACAUCAUCUUGGCUUUCUCUGGGCCUCCUUGGCAAACACCAUUCCAGCUAUGUUUUGGACGAUGUAUUUUCUUCUUCAGCACCCAGAAAGUAUAAAAGUAAUCCGUGACGAAAUUGAGAGCUUCUUGCAGUCAACAGGUCAAAAGAAAGGGCUGGAAUUUUCCAUCCAUUUCACCAGAGAACAACUGGACAGCUUGGUCAGCCUGGAAAGCACCAUCCUUGAGGCCCUGCGGCUGUGCUCCUAUUCCUCUGUCAUCCGUUCAGUUGAAGAGGAUAUGACUUUGAACAUGGAGACUAGCAGCUACCAGCUUCGGAAGGGGGAUUUAGUAGCUCUCUUCCCUCCCAUCCUGCACAUGGACCCGGAAAUCUUUGAAGCUCCAGAGGAAUUUAGGUUUGAUCGGUUCAUAGAAGAUGGCAAGAAGAAAACCACCUUUCUCAAAGGCGGGAAAAGGCUGAAGUAUUUCCCCGUCAUGCCAUUUGGAGUUGGAGCCAGCAAAUGUCCAGGACGAUAUCUUGCAGUGAACGAACUAAAGAUACUGAUAGCUGUAAUUUUAAUUUAUUUUGAUGUAGAAAUAAUUGACAAGAAGAAUGUAGAACUAAACUACAACCGUCUGUUGCUUGGUAUUCAGCACCCCAAUUCUGAUAUCUCAUUUAGGUACAAGGCAAAAUCUUGGAGAAGCUGAAAGGUUGGCAAAGCAGUUUAUCAGAAUGAAACUACAUGUGCUGAGCUCUGUGGUUUGCUGUACUCCUGCAAAUGCUACUACUAUGCUUGUUUGUUUGAAAAUGGCAAAUUUACAUUUGAUACGAGAUAAAUUCAGUUUGUUCUUGGUCACAAAACAUAUCAUAAAAUAAAGCAUGGUGGCGGCAUUAAAAAAAAUGCCAUGCGAAUCAUUUCAGGAUAAGUUCAAAAUAACAAUUACAACUUUGUACUUACUGUGCUUUUUAUCAUUUCUCCUGAAUGUGCUUCUCCAGUGAUAAAUUUGACCCUGGGUAAUUUUUUUUUAGUUAUGGAAAUCCUCUAAUAUGAUUUUAUGUACUGCUGAAAAAGUGUGCCAUUGGACAGUCUAACAAUUUUUAAGUUCUCAGGGGAGAAGGAAAUUAAUUCCCAUGAGUUCACUGUAUGAAAAUGUUCCCUUCAAGUAGAAUCUCAAUAGUGUCUGUAUCACCAGGUAUCUUUCCAUUAAAAGAGUUUUGCAAUAGAUUAAAUAUUCCAAGUUUCCUUCAAUAUUUAAUUAUCCAUAAAUGUUCUUUAUAACUUUGUGUUCUACAGUUCAAUAGAACAAAAUUUCUUGUUAUAUAAGACCUCUUGUGUUCAAGUAAGACACUGUUAAAAUUUAAUAUAUAAGAAAGUACAAAGCCUUUAUAUAUUCAGCAAUUGCUCUAGACAUUAGUAUUGGAAGUCAUUAUAGCAUUGAUGAUAGUAAUGGUGUUUAGUUUAGACUGUGUUAUUCUCACACUGCAGUGUAUCCUUUACUAAAUGUUUCCAUUUAUAGAAACUGAGAAAUUAGGUGACAUUAUUUAUCCACAACCUUUUGGACUUGGAGGUUAGUUGUAUCAUUUAGCACUAUCACACUAAACUAUACAAGAUAAUUUCAUAUCACACAAUACAGCCUAUAUCAACGAUGAAAAGAUUUUUAUUAUCAGGUUUUCCAGUGAUUGACAUUUGGCAUAAAUGGAGAUACAAAAUGCAAACUCACAGGGCAAAUAAUUAAACCAGAUUAAUUCAUGCUGCAUUAAUUAGAAAUUCUAAUGCUUUGGAAAUUUUCUAUUGUUGUUAGAAAGAAAAUUGACUUUAAAAAUCACCCUAAAAUACUUAUCAUACUAGGGAAAUACAACACGGUAGCAUUUCCCCACUUCCUCGUGCUGAAGCUGAUUGAAUCUUGCUCGCAUGAAGGCAAAUGGGCAUGAAUUCUGUCUUGGCUUGAUUGAGGCAGGCUUUAUUCUCAAUUUACAUCUUUUUAAAAUGUAAAAUGACCAUUCGUAAUUAUAUAAAUUCACAAAAUACAAAGUGAGAUUAUGGCUUAUGAAAAUGAUGUGGAAUGAUUAGGUCAACCCAAAUGACUAAAUCAACCCCAAUACUUAACAUUCGUUGUAAGAACAUUUUGAGAUAUAUUCUCUUAGCAACUUUUAGCAUACAGUGUUCUAUUGUUAACUAUAUUCACAAGGCAAUGUACUAAAACCCUUUCUCCACACCCCCAGAAAGGCUGUAUUCCUCCUGGCUGAUACGUUGUUUUGUUUAUUUGGGUUUUUUGUUUUGUUUUGGUUUUACUUUUCUUCUACACUUCCCCUGCACUUUUUCACUGUGCUCCUUGAUAAGUUUGAUUAUUUUAAAUUUCAUAUAUUUUACUUUUUUUCUUGCUGUGAAGAGAACGUUGGGAUCAACAGUAACUUGGGGAGCAAAGAAUUGAUAGGGGAUCACACAUCCAAAUCGCAAUCCAUUUUGGGGGGACAUCAAGGCCAGAACUCAAGGCAGGAACCACAGACAAAAAAUGAAUACUGGCUUGCUCACUGGCUCAUUCUUACCUAGCUUUCUUAUUAGCUGAGGUCCUCCAGCCCAGGAAAUAGUACUGCCUACAACACCUGGAUCCUGCCACAUUAAUCAUUAAAGCAAACAAACCAUGGGCAUAUGAUGAAAGCAAUUCUUCAAGCGAGGUUCCAUUUUCCUAGAUAAUCUAGAGUGAACUAGACUCCAUGGUAUUAGUCUGUCUCUGCUUGGUUUUACUUGGUGUUCUCUAACUCUUUCUAUGACAGAAUUUAUUUUUCACAGCCAAGCAAUAGUCCAUCAUGUAGAUAUACCACAUUGCCUUUAUUUAAAGGCUAUGUCUAACCACCCCUAUCUCCUCCAUAUAAUUCCAUGACUUCCCUCAUUGUCCUGAGAACAAAGGGCAUGUGAUGUCCCAUCCUCAGGCUGGUCUGACCCUCUUCCUUCUGAGAGUCUCUCUGGUUCCUUUUGAGCCACCAACUUGUCAGUACUCAAAUUUCCCAUCUCAUGGAGUUUCUAAGUUCAGGGAUUGCAUUUUUCAAUUGAUGAUUUUCUACCCGGCUGUAUUUUGUAAUGUCUUGUUCCUUUAAUGUAGCUUCGCUAUCCCUUUAACUAUAGUCAGCACAGUUUAUAUUCUGCACCUGGCAUCUCCAACCCACUCCUGUUUUAUGGGUCUGAUUCUGUGGUCCCCUCUCCUUCAGAGUUUCUGAUGGCUUAAUUACUGAGCCUAUGUUCCUUGGAAUUUUACUUCUAGAAAAUGUUUCUGACCUGAGCUUGAUGUUUAUUCCUCAAAGUUUAAUUUGCAUUUUGUCUUACUGUUUAUGUUUCUGUCCAAUUCAGAUUACUGGGAAUGUCACCUGGAAGAUUUGCCAGUGGACAUGGUGUACUACUAAAUAACUGUGAAUUCCAGCCUUAAAUAAACCAUACUGAUUAA